AAGAAGAGUUAGUUCAUCAUUUGGCUUGAAUCGAUUUAUGCUUGUGCGUAAAAUAGAUUUCAAUUCGUUUGCAGCAUUAUAGCCGGUAACUAGUUACCGUAAUUUGUGGCCACUGCCCGAACAAUUUGCGUCGCAGCUUGGCAGAAAAAUUCAACGUUUGGGAAAAACUCGCGCUGUUGUGUGUACAUUUCUAAUAAGAAGAAAAAUUUCACUUUGCAUUUGAUUGCGCGGCGAGCGCGGCGAAAUGUAACGAAAAAAAAAUGUUAUAACGCUCUCCCAUCAGUGUGUGUGUGAAAAUUUUGUAAACACACGUACACGUGACAAGUGCGUUUGUGUUGUUGUCGUAUUGGAAUUUUCGUCGCUGCCAGUUCGAAAUGAGCGAAAAAAAAAAAAAACAAACAACCGAAACUAAAACUGCGGCGAAGGCGAAAACACGCGCGCGCAAAUUGUAGAAAGUUUUGUUUUGGGUUUUGGUUGUGCCGCGCUAUGCUAUGCUCUCCCCACACAGCCCACUAGGGGCGGCCAACAACGUACGCUCUCUCGCCGCGGCGAAUAGAUACAAAUUGGUGUCGUCGUCGUCGUCGUCGUCGUCGUCGCUGCUUCGUGUUUUCUGUUGCUGUCCGAGCGCUCGUUUCGCCUCAAUUGCGCGGCGAGUACCCGAGUGCGAGUACGAACGCAGCGUAGCAUUUGAAUUUCGUGCAUUGCUUUUAGUUGUAUUUUCAGCGGCUGCUGUUGUGGACAAAUACCGCACGUUCAUAACGCAAGUAGAUUUUGCCUCAAAUUUCAAUAUAUAUUCGCUGUGUUGCCGCGUCUCUCGUCAUCGGCAAAGCUUGUUGCGUGCGCGUCGUGUGUUUAUAUAUGUGCAUGUGUGUGUGUGUGUGUGUGUGUGUGUGUGUGUGUGUAACCACCCUGCGGGUUGGUGUUGUAAAGUGCGCUCGUGCCGGCGCCAGUUGCUGCUGCGACUGCUGCUCCGGCUGUUUUUGUUGUUAUUGUUUCGCUUCGUUUCGAUAGCGAUAACAGCGCGGCGAAGCCUCUGCCCACUGUGCAAGCUGUGGCCAUUUCGUCACUGUCAGCGUGUGCGUGUGUGCGUUUGUGUGUGUGUGUGUGUGUGUGUCUGUGUUAGUGUGAGCCUUGCUCGUAAACUAAUACGACAACGACAUUGAAGACGUCAUCAAUGUUGUCAAUUGUACGCCCAAACCACCCACAAAGACCGGCACAGUGGGCCACGCGCGCGUGUCUAUGUGUGUGUGUGUGUGUGUGUGUGUGGGCGUGGGCGUGGGCGUGGGCAGCAUUGAUGAAUGGCAUUUGAGUGUUUGCCUUGCCCACACAUUCUCAUUAUCCUUAGCUACGUUUGCAUUUUCUUCUUCUACAUAAGCUGCAGCUACCGCUGUGUCCAGCUACCUUAUCGCGCCCCUCGCUCCUUGUGCCCACUUUGACUUGGUUUGCCAGCUUUUGUUUUUGCUGCCUUCCUUUUUUGCUCGCCUUUUGUUUUGUUUUUGUUUUUCUGUGUUUUGCUAGCAUCGCAUCGCAUCGCAUCGCAGCGCAGCUUCUCUCGGCUUGUUGUCACUGCUGCCGCCUAUUUCGUCUUUCGCCUUUUACAAGCUGCUUUCGUGCCAGUUUCGCGUGAGCGUGUGACGUACAGAGCAGAAACAUGUCAAAGGCAACAACAAAAUGAAGAAGAAGAAGAUGAGGAAGAAAAAGUGGGCAGCGCAUAGCGAGCCAAUGCGACUUUUAGUUGCCCUACAGCUCAGUUUCUAAUUGACAUGCUAGCAUCUUAAAAAACCAACUACACAGAGGCUAACUACACAUAAAAAUAACAAAAUACAAAUUUGUAAUAAAAAUGCAUCUGAAGACGGAAACCCAGCUGGACAAGCUGCAUACCGAGCGCAACGGCUCCGUUCGCGAGCUGAACCAGUUCAAUGAGCUGUUGACCUGUCGCAUUUGUCAGGGCUAUAUGAUAGAGCCCACCACAGUUGACGCCUGCUAUCACACGUAUUGUCGCAGUUGCAUUCUGAAGCAUUUGCUGCGCGAUGUUUACUGCCCACAGUGCAAGUCCAGCGGGGGCAAGCACAUCAGCGAGGAUAACCUCAGAUCCGAUGAGACGUUGCGUGCGCUGAUUUAUAAACUGGUGCCGGGUCUCUAUCAGCGCGAAUGCAAGCGUCUGGCUGAGUUCAGGGAACAGCACCAGGAACUGGAUGCCGACGAGGAGCUGCUGAGACCCCAACUGGAACAGCAACAGGAGUUCUUUACGCCAGGCGAGCCUAUUAGUUUAUCGCUAGAAUAUCAUCCCGCUAUGCUGAAAAACUGCGGCUCAUCCGAAAAGCCGCCCAUCUGCUAUCUGCAGUGCCCCGCCGACUUGAGGGUUGUGCAUCUGAAGCGUUUCCUCUGCUCCAAGUACGACAUCGAUGCGGAGAACAAACACGUCGAGGUCGAGGUCACGUACGAGGAUGAGGUACUGCCGCCCAGCUUUACGCUCAUGGAUGUCGGCUAUUGUUACCAGUGGAAGCGGCACGCGCCCAUGGCAUUUCGGUAUAGGAUAUUGCUGCACGAACGCGAGACAACAAAAAACGAUGAGAACAAUUUGUCAAAGGUUAAACAGGAUAUUGAGUUAAGUUCCGCGGCGGCGACGGCGACGGCAAAGAGCGGCAAGUCGGUGACCUUUGCCAUGGACGUGGAUGUGGCUGUGGAUACACAGCGUCUGCCGUUGCAUGCCACAAGCAAGGCGCGCAACAAGUCCGCACAGAAGCUGGCCAAAAGCAAGCGCCUGGCCAAACGGGAGCCGGACGAUGCCGCCACAGCGCCAAGCAACUUCAAGAGCCUGCGCAGCAACGAUAUGCGCUACAGUGAUUAUGGUGUGGCUGCCACAAGUUGCACGCAGCCGUCGGCACCGCUGCUGCGCGUCAAGAGCGAACCGGAACCGGAACGCGAAACGGAACUGGACAACCUGGGCGCCGUGCCCAAUCUGAACAUUGUGGUCAGCAUACCGCAAUCGCAGCUGAGCAAAUCGGCCGGCUACGGCGACGAGGGCGGCUUCGAGCUGAAGACGGCCAACAAGAAGUCGUCGCCGCCGCAGACGGCGCUGGUGCGCAAUCUGCCCAAGCUCAAGAUCGAGCUGAACAGCAUGAAGGCUAAGCUGACAAUGAGCAAGUCGGCGGAGCCGCGGCUUGAGGACACGGCCACAGCGCAACAGCAGCAGAUCGAUCUGGAGACAUAUGCCAAGAAUAUUGGCCUCAAGCCCAUCGAGCCGGCAGCUGCAGCAGCCGCUGCGUACGUGCCUUCGCAGGAUGUGCUCAAAUACAGCCCGAAUGCGUCGCCCAUGUCCUCCUCCUCGUCGUCGACGAACGGCUCCAGUGGCACUGUCGAUGCCAGCACCUGCACGAAUGCCAGCAGCAAUUGCUCCACGUCCUCGCAUCGCAAGCGCAAGAAGAAGCACUCAAAGGAGCCGAAGGACGCGAAUGGCAAACGCAAGAAACUGCAUGCGGAGAUCUCCUCGCAAACGGACGGCAAAAUGAAAAUGAAAAUAACAACAACGCACAACCACAAGGCGCACAAGCUCGACCUGAAGCGCUCCCAUUCCCUCGCUGGCGGCGAGCUGGUCUCGCUGAAUCAGCUCAAGCUCGAGGAGCAGGCCCCAUCGUUGGCCACCAGCAAGGAGGAUGCACUGAAUCGCACGCUGGGCGAGGAAUCGCGCAGCAUCAAUAGCCUGAUGCCGAUCAGCUACAGCAGCUCCUCCGCCUCCAAUUCCUCCUCGACCGUCGCUGCUAGCUCCGCCGUCUCCUCCUCUGCUGCUAUUGCAGCUGAGAAGCUGACAGGCAGCGGCAAAGAGCUCAAUUUGCCCGCCUCGCCACCGCUGCCGCCCAGUCUAUUCAAGGGCUGUACACCAGCCACGCCCCCGGCUACUCUCACGCCCACUUCUGCACCGGCUGCGCCCGUCAAGCCCAAACUGGCCGCGCCGCCGAAGCCCGCCAAGCCGCAGCUUGUCAGCAAUCACAACAAUCGCAAGGCGCCCAUGCUGUUGACCUGUGCCACGCCCACUGCGAAUGCAGCACCACAUUUUGCCGUGCCACAGACGCCGCAGCGGCAGGCGCCGCCGCUGCCGCCGCAUCACAUCCAGCGCUACCAAUCGACGCCCAGCUCGAUAGCCAGCGCGGCCAACAAACCGCACAAGCGCUCGCUCUCGCUGGACGAGACGCAGGCCCAGCUGCUGGCCAAACAUCCGCGCCUGGACUACCACCAGCAGCAGCAGCAGCAGCUGCAGCUGGUCAAAUAUGCCGCCAGGCUGAAGCCGAGCCCAGCCUGUGCACCGCCCAUGCGUGUUUAUGGACCCGAUAUGGCCAAGACGAGCCCAAUGCCGGUGCGCUGUUCGGCCAGUCUGAGCCUUAGCGUGCCGCAGCCAACGGCGACCACAACACCACGAGCGCGCAACAGCCAGGUGGGCCAACAGGUGGGCCAGACGCUGCAUGGCCUCAGCCAUCCGUAUGCGGAGAUUACGCGCCUCAGCCUGGACCUGGGCGGAUCAGCUGCAUCGCUGAUGGGUCCGCCGGCCAGUCCGGCCAAGCAGCCGGCCAGACGUGCCGCCGCCCAUGCGGUACAGUCGCCGCCGCUGUCAAUGCCGGCCAUGGUUAAGUCGCCGCCGCUCUCGGUGGCGCUUAGCGGGCAGCGCGGCGGCAACGGCAGCAACAUGCCCAAUGCGGCUUAUCGCACAUCGCCGCCUGCUUUAAUAAAUCUGCGCAGCCCGCAACACGCUUUCGCAGCCAAGGCAAAUGCUGGCGCGGCCAAAGUCGCAGACAAUGCCAAGAAAACGGCAACUGUUGCUGGCGCAGUGGCAACGACAGCAGCAACUGUUGCUGCCAGCAGCAAUCAAAGCAAAGCCAAUGGCAACGCCGCGCUGGACAAGUCCAAAACAAGUUUGCGCGAUUUUCGGCCGCCAGCAACAGCAACUGGCACGACAGCAGCAGCAGCAGCAGCAGCAACAGCCAAGGAUGCUGACAUACUUGAUUUAUCAGCGGGCACAGGACGCAGCAGCAACAGCAACAGUAACAGCAGCAGCAAGCAGGCAACAACUGCCAGCAGCAACAGCAACAAGCACAACAAGUUGGCGCCCACAACGUCUGCCCUGAGCUGCAACAACAACAGCAGCAGCAGCAACAGCCUGGAGGCUGCUGUAAAUAAAAUCAAGCAAAACUUUGGCGCCAACAGCAACAGCAACAACAACAGCAGCAGCAGCAUCAACAACAACAACAACAAUUCUGCGGCGGCAGCAACAGCUGCCAGCGGCGAUGAUCUACAAAAUCUGCAUUUGCUUUCGGAGUCGGCAACGGCGCGCGAAAAGAUCUCGAUUAAGAGCGGCAACAUCUACGAGAAUAAGCCAAAGAAUGCGCUGGUCAGGCCGCAGAAUGCGUCUGUGCGCAGCAUACCGAAUCCAUCGGCGUUGGCCUUUCGCAAUCAGGCGACGCCAACAACAACUGCACCAGCAGCAGCAGCAGCAGCAACAACAACAACAAUUGCUGCUGCGACAACAACAAUUGCUGCUGCCAUAACAACAGCAAUUGCUGCUGCUGCAGCCGCCAAGCCGUUAACAGUCAAAGCCGAAGAGCAGCCCAAGUUGGCAGCAGCCGCAACGCUGCUCAGUCCCAGCAGCAACAACAACAACAACAGCAGCAGCAACAACAACAACAACAACAACACGAGCUGCACUGCGUCUGCUGCUGCUGCUGCCACCUCGCCGCGUGCACUGAAGAAGCCGACAACAAUCGAUCAAGUGGCUGCCAAUUUGAACAUACGCGCCGAGGCCAAAGCCGCCGCCCUCGCCGAAGAGGCGCCACUUGUGCUCGGCGGGAGCAGCAGCAGCAGCAACAGCAGCAACAGCAGCAAUGGGGCAGCAACUGCAGCCAAAACGCCGGAACUGGAGAAGGCGGCGAGCAGUGCGGCUAACGUGGCCAAAACGGAUGCCAAGGCGCCAGCAACAGCAACAGCAACUGCAACGGCGACAGCAGCAACUGCGACUGCAACAGCAGCAGUUGCUGCCACGCCCACCACACUCGCCCUGCCCUCGCUGGCGAUGCCAAGCGCUGCGAGUGCUGUCAGCAGCGAUUCAAUGUCAAAGCCGCCCGUUCAAAUUGCCGCCACCGACACUUUGGCAUCGGUGGCAAGUUCCGCUUAGUCACAAGCGUUUCUUUGGAUGUGCGGCACGCAAAUGUAUCUCGUGGCGCCACUCGAGAGUCUACAAACCAGCAGCAGCAGCAGCAGCGGCAGCGCCAGCGGCAACAAUCAGAAUCCAAAUGCAAACUGAUUCCAGUUCCAGUUGGACUAACGCAGCCAGUUCCAGUUCUGCUGCAAUCACAAUUGUUGAGAACCACGGAGAAAGGCAGCUGGGGGGCUGGCACACACGCCCCUUGCUGCAGCGAGUAAGCCUUACAAUUUAAGCAUAAGCACACUCAUUGGCAAUACACACCCAAGACAAAACUCGCAUCAAUCCAAUACCAAAAAAAAAAAAAAA